CGUACUUUUCGGCGUACUGGGCAGCUAGGCUUCAUCCUGCGCUACGGAGUACACAGCUUCCUCACCUUACCUAAGGUACUGCGGGCCGGUACCUACCUACGUCUGCUGUGGGAGGUACAACCUUCCGUUCACUACAGCUAGGAAGGUACAGCUGGAUGUGGCAUUAGGCCUGGAUCGCACUUACUACUUUGGGCGAUCCGUGCCUGCCUCAAAUCGAUGUGUGGCAGGUGGGCGCUGUACUCUGUACUUGGUACCUGCUUUCAGGCGGUCUCCUGCCAUAAUCCCUUCCCACUCUUCUUUCCCUCCAAUAAUCGCCAUCGUCACCUUCCCAACCUUCCACCACAUGUUUUCAUUCGCUUUGGUCUUCUAGUUCCUCUCGAUUUCUUAAAUUUCUUCUUCUCCAUAUCCCAUUUCUUUUACGCCCUUCUUGUUUUCUUACGCCCUCCCAGUCCCGCAACCUCCUCCCCGGGACUUUCAUUUUUACUUGCCCUCCUCUUCUCGACCAGAAAACCCGGUUGAGAACUUCCGUCAACACCUUCAACCCGGCGGAAAAGAGAGAGAGAGAGAGAGGGAAGAGAAUCAAAGAGGGUAAAUCUUGGUACUAACCCCGGCUCUCGGCAGCUAGAUAGCUUGUCCGCUGUCUCGUCAACACAAAUACUUGUACCUAACGGAUACCUUUCUCAACGUCACGCUCCGUCUCCGAACCCGAGGCCUCUCGAUAUUCCUCUUUUUCUUCAACUUUUACGGAUACCCACCCGGGUCACAAGCCUUCACUUCCUUGGUUCCCUCCGUUCAAGGUCUCACUUGUGGCGGCGAACCCAAGGCGAAAUCCACUCUGUCAUCCAGCUUCUACCACCUUACCUCACCCAGGGCCGCGCCUGUCUUGCCUCUCAGAUCGUGGCACAGCCUGCCUCUGCUUUGCAGUCAAGCCCACUACUCGCCAGAAACACCCCCGCCCCACCAGCCCUCGGCCGCCGAGUAUCCUACAAGUCCUUGACUCUUCCUUGACUCGACUACCAGGGACUUCGGAGUGGCUUUUCGCCACUGAGCAAGUCAGCCGACCCCACCACGACUCCAACUGAACAGGGCCCCUCUGUACCGCCCUGUGGUCCUGUGGGUUCGACCUGCAACCCCGGCACCACGAGCCUUUGGGAACGCACGCUUUGCACGACACCCCCCGGUCUCAGCGCUCGAGACCCCUACCUCCCCCCGGUGCCACCUGCAUCCAGCGAGACCCAGAACCUUUUAGACGGGCGGGUAAUCGCCUGCCAGACCACUCGCGUCUCCAGUCAUUGGUGUCUUGCUCCAACAUCUUGGUCCCGAAACGAGAUCUCGUGUCUCUGGCUGCGUCUCUCUUGUGGACUCCCACUUUCCUUGCGACGUACACAUCGAGGUACCGCACCGUAUCGGGCCUCCAACUUGCCACGGGAACGACGCCAACUGCGUCCCAUCUUCGACGUGCAAGUGUCAUAUCUGGCAAAGGUAUGAAAUCAUUAACCCUUUUUCCCGGAUCAUGAAUUUCCACACCAUGGCUGGUGUUGAGAAGCUGCCCCUACCGAUGCCGACCGCAGACGAGGCAAGAAUGAACGAGGUCUGCCGAAAGGAUGACCCGUUCUACUGCUUCCUUCUCCAGGGGACAUUACUAUACUACCCAUUGUUGUUGUUGCUGGUCUUCGUCAUCUCGGCCGCGACACACAGCAUAUUGACGACACCGAAAGACGACGUGGACGAAGAACCUUUGGGCCCAGGCGGUAAGCGACUACCCGUAUCGAAGAAGAAGAAGCGCCGCGAUGGAGAGGAACCCAAACGCAAACAAUACGGUCCGAUACUGUCACCAACAUCCCGAUCAUGGCUCACCUGGAUUUCCGUCGUCGUAUUAUUGACGUUCGUCGCCAAUGCCGUCGCUCACUUCAGCUACGUUAUGGGAGAACUCGAGGGCGUCAUCAAGGGACAUAAGGAGUCCCAAUCCAUGACUGUGUACCUCAUUGGAUCGCCGAACCUUUACCUAUACCUCAUCACGACACUCUUCGAAUGGAACGAAAGUCCAACGAUAGCUCACUUCCUCACCUGGAUUCUCUCUCUGAUUGGCGAAUUGGUCAUUUGCAUUUGCACCUUGCUCAAGGCCGCGGACCCGAGAUUUGCAAGCGACGAAACAACCCAACUCGAGACUAGAACGCUGCAUAUAUCUAAGUGGGAUUUGACUGACGUCGUUCUCUAUAUCAUCCGCAUCGCACUCACAAUGUGUAUGCUCAGCAUCUACUCGGCUGCUUGGCUCCACACGCCCAAACAGGAGGCAGACAAGACUGAGCUGCAAAACUCGUCUCAAGGCGCCGAGGAAACGACGCCUUUGCUUAACGGCCAUCGGACGUCAUACAGCAGCCAAAACGGCCGAGAUUUGAAUGGUCGAUCAGUACGAAGCUCUAGGAAUGGAAGUACCGUCGGCAACACUAAUGGUGCGGCCGAAGGUGGUAACAUGACUAAGGACUAUAAGGAGCCGGGCUUCUAUCGACCUGACAAAGCGCCGCAAACGACGUGGUGGGGUUACCUGCGAAGCUACACGAUGUUCUUCGAUUACCAGUGGCCCAAGAACUCUCUUUACCUGCAGUUUCUCUAUGCACUCUGCGUACUCCUCUUGGUGGCACAGCGCGCCAUCAACGUGGCUGUACCAAUUGUUGUUGGAUGGCUCACGAAGAAGUUAACCCUCGCAGAGGCUCCUUGGGCUAUUUUGGGCCUGCUCAUCUUCCUACGGGUUUUGCAAGGAGGAGGCAUGCUUCUGGAUGCGACACGAGCCAUCUUAUGGGUACCAAUCUCACAAAACUCGUAUAGGGCUUUGACGACAGCAGCCUUCGAGCACGUCCAUUCUCUCAGCCUGGAUUUCCACCUCGGCAAGCGAACCGGCGAGGUUUUGUCCGCCCUCAACAAAGGCGCGUCUAUCAACUCCUUUCUCGAGCAAGUGACGUUCUCGGUGGCCCCCAUGAUCCUCGAUCUGCUCUUGGCCGUUGUGUUCUUCUGCUGGUACUUUGACGCGACUUAUGGCGCGAUCGUGAGCUGCCUGACUUUCUGGUACCUAUUCCUCACUAUUAGGAUGGCACAGACCAGGGCAGACCAGCGAAGGCUCAUGUCCAACGCCGAUAGAGAAGAAGAGGCCGUCAAGAAUGAUUCCAUCACCAGCUACGAGACGGUCAAAUACUUCAAUGCCGAGCAGUGGGAGUUUCAACGAUACCGCAACGCUAUCGAGGCAUACCAGGAUGCUGAAAAGCAGGUAACGUGGGGCGUCAACAAGAUGAACGUCAUUCAAGCCUUUGUUUUCAUGGCUGGAUUCACUGUGGUCAUGGUCUUUGGAGCUUAUCAGGUCACCAAUGGAGGAAUGGAUGUCGGCAGAUUCCUGACCCUCAUGACCUUCCUCAACCAGCUGCAGGCACCUCUGAACAUAUUCGGGUCCUUCUACAGGACCAUUCAACAGUCAAUGAUCUCGGGCGAGCGUCUGCUGGAGCUGUUCAAAGUCAAGCCCACCGUGGUUGACGACGCCGAUGCUAAACCCUUGCUUGAAUGCAACGGCAACAUCCGAUGGAACAAGGUAGCGUUCAACUACGAUCCAAAGAAUAAGGCUCUGAAGGACCUCGACUUCGAGUGUAAGCCUGGCACCACCACGGCGUUUGUCGGCGAAUCCGGCGGUGGAAAAUCGACUGUUUUCCGCCUCAUGUUCCGGUACUACAAUACAUCCUCUGGAAGCAUCGAGAUUGACGGUCAAGACGUCAAGGACCUUACUAUUGAUUCGGUCAGACGUUACAUCGGAGUCGUCCCCCAGGAUACCACAAUGUUCAACGACACCCUGAUGUACAAUCUCAGAUACGCCAACCAGUCAGCCACUGAUGAGGAGGUGUUUGAAGCAUGCCGGGCUGCCAGCAUCCACGACCGGAUUAUGUCAUUCCCAGAGAAAUACAACACAAAGGUCGGAGAGCGUGGUCUGAAACUCAGUGGUGGCGAGAGGCAGCGAGUCGCAAUAGCACGGACAAUUCUCAAGAACCCCAAGAUCAUCAUGCUGGAUGAAGCAACGUCAGCCCUUGACGCCCACACCGAGCAACAAAUUCAAGAUCGGCUUGGCCACCUUGGUCAGGGCAGGACACUCUUGGUCAUUGCACACCGCUUGUCGACCAUUACGCAUGCUGAUCAGAUCAUUGUUCUCAACAACGGCACCAUCGCUGAGAAGGGCACUCACGAAGAACUUGUCAACGCCAAUGGACGUUACGCCUCGAUGUGGGAGCGACAAGUGCAGGCAGAACGCGCCGCUGAGAAAGCUCGUGCUGCUAGUAGGAAGGCACAAAAGCUCCUUAGAAAGGCGAAUAUUGGUGGUCUCAAGAAGCAGACAGAUGGACAUUCGGAUGGAUACACUAGCCUUGACUCCUCGACUAUCCUUCCAGGCAGCUCAGGGAACAACUCCAAGGCCGGCACUACGGGGGACUCGUCCAGCUCUAGCAGCUCUGAUGCCGAGUCGGUACACAGUGCUCACCACGAUUCAGAUCACUCUGAUCACUCGGAUCACUCACACCACUCGGAUCGCUCACAUCAUUCUGAUGACUCGCACCAUUCUCGACGACACUGAUUCCUCCAGCCAGAAUCUCUACAAGUGUGACAAAGGCAUGAAUUUGGCUACCUAUGCUUCAUUGCUAGCGAAAGCUACUUCUCAACAGCCACAUCAACACACACCACCCAUCGUCACCAUCCCUCACUAAUCCCUAAUCUGCGGACCUUCAAAUUGUACCGCACAUUUUUCCCUUCACGAACACACCAAGGCUUGGGCCUUUUUACGACUCAGGUUUAACGGAUUAACGGCUUAAGAUUGCAUCAAACCGGCGACUCGGAGUUUGGAGUUCACACAUUUCUUUACCCCUUCAUCAUCAGGAUUCCGAAAACACAAAAAAGGACUUUCACGAGUAGAACAAAAAACAUUGACCCCGAGAAACGGUCUCUCGGUCAGGCUCGGUCGGUUACUCUUCAGGGGGUGGGGGGUUUCUUUUUCUCGAUUUCUCGCUACCAGAAGCGCUCUUUACGGACACAUGGCUGCGACACACCCAUCCAGCGCUGACAACACACUAUGUGUCCUCACAGCGGCGACAAGCGACUUGUCUCUUCUUUCUGGAUUGGACAGGGCAUUUUCGGUAUCAUCAGCAUCAUUAUACAGGAGAGACGGCUUCUCCACUAAUCAUGGGUUCCCAGCAACAAGAUUUUGUUUUUCGACUACAGAUCGUCACCUGCUACCAUGGGCAGCGUGUUCGACAUUGCAUCGCAGAUACCAGAUUCUUUACAUUCGAAGAGGCCUCCCUUUUCUUUUUCUUGUCCCUGAUCAAUUUGGGUGGCCAGAAGGGGUUGGAUCUCAGAGGUCGUGGGGUGGAUAAAAAUGGCCUCGGGCAGCGGCGGCGGACCAGCAUCAUUAUCAUUUUUCCUCAAAUCCCACGCGGUCGCAGUGGGUGUAGAUGGACGAAGGAUCCUCCCUUCAUUGUGGAGGAACCCUCAGCAAGUCUGCUUUGCAUUUUUCCUAGUCAUAGUAUCAAAGACCGGACAGGGUGGAUGAGAAAAGAGAGCCGGCGGACGGCUGUUCAGGCCAAUCCUCUCUUCUUGCUUUUUUAUGGGAGACUGUAGCUACACUCGGUAGCUUCGCGGCAACCCAAAGGUCAAGGUCCAUAGACGGUAGCGAUCCCCGUGCGCAAGGUGGCCUUGCGCCGGGAGCGAUCCAGCAAUGCUC